GCGGCUUCGCUUCCCCGGGACUAGAGUCGGUGCGUUUCCGGCCGGAGGCCAUUAGAAGGGGCACCGGAAGCCGGAAGUCCAGGGCCGGAAGUGCUCGAGUCGAGCCGAGAAUGGCGGCAGGAGACUGGAUUUGGCUGCGGGGCUGGGGCCGGCGGUGCCCGGGGGAGCCUGGGCUUCCCGGCCCCGGCCCUGGCCCCGUUGCACCUCUGCUGCUGCUGCUUCUCCUGUCGCCGGGGCCCGUGGCCGCGGACAUCACCGAUGGCAACAGCGAGCACCUCAAGCGGGAGCACUCGCUCAUCAAGCCCUACCAAGGGGUCGGCUCCAGCGCCAUGCCCCUCUGGGACUUCCAAGGCAGCACGAUGCUCACGAGCCAGUACGUGCGCCUGACGCCCGACGAACGCAGCAAGGAGGGCGCGAUCUGGAACCGCCAGCCCUGCUUCCUUAAGGACUGGGAGAUGCACGUGCACUUCAGAGUCCACGGUGCGGGCAAGAAGAACCUGCAUGGGGACGGCAUCGCCCUGUGGUACACACGGGACCGCCUGGUGCCAGGGCCCGUGUUUGGGAGCAAAGACAACUUCCAUGGCCUGGCCAUCUUCCUGGACACAUACCCCAAUGACGAGACCACGGAGCGCGUGUUCCCCUAUAUCUCGGGCAUGGUGAACAAUGGCUCGCUGUCCUAUGAGCACAGCCGGGACGGUCGUGCCACUGAGCUCGCAGGCUGCACUGCUGACUUUCGCAAUCGUGAGCAUGACACUUUCUUGGCCGUGCGCUACUCACGGGGCCGCCUGACGGUGAUGACCGACUUGGAGGACAAGAAUGAGUGGAAGAACUGCUUCGAUGUCACUGGGGUGCGCCUGCCCACUGGCUACUAUUUUGGAGCUUCAGCAGGCACUGGUGACUUGUCAGAUAAUCACGACCUCAUCUCGGUGAAGCUCUUCCAGCUGAUGGUGGAGCACACACCUGACGAAGACAGCAUCGAUUGGACCAAGAUCGAGCCCAGUGUCAGCUUCCUCAGGUCGCCCAAAGACAACGUGGAUGACCCAACGGGGAACUUCCGCAGUGGCCCGCUGACAGGCUGGCGGGUUUUCCUGCUGCUGCUGUGUGCGCUCCUGGGCAUCAUCGUGUGCGCUGUAGUGGGGGCCGUGGUCUUCCAGAAACGGCAGGAGCGGAACAAGCGUUUCUACUGAGCCUUUGUCGUGUCUGGGGCCGCUUUUGUUCUGAUUUUCCAACCUAGGAUUGUAAGAGCCACCUGCAGCCCACCUUUCAUAACCCUUUCAAAGAAAUCAUUAAAGUAUUUUCUUAUAUCGGCUUCUUGCCCUCCUGCAAGGGGCUGCAGGGGAGAUGGGGUAUUAGAGCGGACUCGGGCACCUGUGAACCAGGGGGGUCUGGCUGAGCUAGCUGUGGCCCCCUCCAGACGCUGGCAACACUGGACCCUGACCUCCUUCCAAGGAUCCAGCGAAGCAUUGGGUGCAAGCAGGGACAGAGCCAGGGCAACCUCGCCCCCACUCUGACCUCCCUUUCCCGAGACGGAUCCCCAACCAAGUGAAGCGGGGUUCACGGCACGUGUGCGUUUCCCCAAUAAAGUGAGCUACCAAACCCCA